AUGGCUUCAACAUCAGCAGCAGCAUCCACAACAGCACCAAGCUCAUCACCAUCAACACCUACACCACAACCCCAAAGCACCCGAAAAUACAACCUCCACAAUCCCCUCCCUCUAUCCGCCGCCCAGGAGGCCGAAGUCAAGCAGCUCUACUACAAACGCGUACGAGCGCAGUGCGCCCCGGAGAUCAAAGCAUUCGCGGAAUGUGCCGUUAAUCGAACGGUAACGGCCACCUGGGUAUGUCGGGCUCAGCGGCUGGCGAUGAACUCAUGUAUGGUUGCGCAUGCGAAGCCGGAAGAGGAGGACCGGGCGCGGGAGGAGUGGUUUGCGACGCAUGAGGAGAGGCGGCGGGCGAGAGAGGAGGAGUUGGCUCGGGUUGAGAAGAGGAGGGAGGAGGUGAUUCGGAUGAUGAGGGAGGAUGAGGCGCGGAGGAAGAAUUCAGCUUGA